CACCAGAGGACAAAGGGCAGCCUUAGCUGCUUUAUAAGAGCACAGCCGGCCUGUUGAGAUAUGCAGGCUGUGGUGGAGUGUGCUGUCUACUUUUAGCUGACUUGAGUGGUGAAACGCUUUGUGUGUCCAGAGGAGUCCAGUGGUCGGCAAGGCAGUCAUGGGGCUGCUGACCGGGGAUGCGCUGUUCUCUGUGGCCGUGGCUGUGGCCGUCUUCCUGCUUCUGGUGGACCUGAUGCACCGGCGCCAGCGCUGGGCUGCUCGCUACCCGCCAGGCCCUCUGCCAGUGCCCGGGCUGGGCAAUCUGCUGCAGGUGGACUUCCAGAAUGUGCCGUACUCCUUCUACAAGCUGCAACAUCAGUUUGGGGACGUGUUCAGCCUGCAGUUUGCCUGGACUCCAGUGGUCGUAGUCAAUGGGCUGGCGGCUGCGCGGGAGGUGCUGGUGAACCAUGGCGAGGACACUUCAGAUCGGCCACAAAUACCCACCCAGGAACUACUGGGCUUUACACCGAGAGCCCAAGGGGUUAUUGGGGCACCCUACGGACCCACCUGGCGUGAGCAGCGGCGCUUCUGUGUGUCCACCCUGCGCAACUUCGGCUUGGGGAAGAAGUCUCUGGAGCAGUGGGUGAACGAAGAGGCCGCCUGCCUCUGUGACGCUUUUGCCAACCAUGCUGGAAAGCCCUUUCACCCCAACGCCCUGCUGAGCAAAGCAGUGUGCAACGUGAUCGCCUCCCUCAUCUACGCGCGCCGCUUUGAGUAUGAUGACUCCAUUGGGAUCAGGAUGACACAGUUGCUGGAGGACAGCAUGAGGGAGGACAACGGCUUGUUACUUCAGGUAGUGAACUCAAUGCCACUGCUCUUGCACAUCCCGUGGGUGGCUGCCAAAGUCCUGCCCGCACAGAGGUCCAUCAUGGCCUUGCUUAAGGAGCUGUUGACCGAGCACAACACAGCCUGGGACCCAGACCAGCCACCCCGAGAUCUGACUGAUGCUUUUCUGACCGAGGUGCAUAAGGCCAAGGGGAACUCCGAGAGCAGCUUCAAUGAUGAGAACCUUCGUCUAGUCGUAUCCGAACUGUUCACUGCAGGGAUGGUGACGACAUCAAUCACAAUGUCCUGGGCCCUGCUCCUCAUGAUCCUGCACCCGGAUGUGCAGCGCCGUGUGCAACAGGAGAUCGAUGAAGUGAUAGGCCAGGGGCGGCCCCCAGAGAUGGCGGACCAGGCCCGCAUGCCCUUCACCAACGCCGUGAUUCACGAGGUGCAGCGCUUUGCAGACAUUAUCCCAAUGGGUGUGCCCCACAUGGCGUCUCGUGACACGGAGGUGCAGGGCUUCUGCAUCCCCAAGGGGACGAUGCUCAUGAUCAACCUGUCGUCUGUGCUGAAGGACGAGACCGUCUGGGAGAAGCCCCUCCAAUUCCACCCUGGACAUUUCCUGGACGCCGAGGGCCGCUUUGUGAAACGUGAGGGCUUCAUGCCAUUCUCAGCAGGCCCCCGCACAUGCCUUGGGGAGCCGCUGGCCCGCAUGGAGCUCUUCCUCUUCUUCACCUGCCUGCUGCAGCGCUUCAGCUUCUCGGUGCCCGAGGGGCAGCCCCGGCCCAGCGACCGUGGUAUACUUUCCUUUAUACUGGCUCCAUCCCCCUACCAGCUGUGUGCUCUACCCCGCUAGAAGAGGCACCAUGGCCCCUACUUGUCCACUAGAUGGAUGACUUGAUGUACAGUAAACCAGUCUUGUGACCGUCA